GACCCUCUAUCAUGGAGCCAUGGGUGUAUCUAGACCAGCGUCAGAAGGCUCUGUAUCGAGAUGUUAUGCAAGAAAGCUAUGAGACACUAAUGUCUCUUGCAGCUAAUCAAUUGCUAAACAACAGUAACCAUGAGGAUGAGGAUGAAGAUGAAGAGGAGUCUGAAGGCCCGGAGGAGUUGCGGCCAGGGACGUCUCAAAGCGCGCCCCGAAGGGUCAAGCCCUUGACGAGACGGGUAGCUCCCAAGCAGCCGAAAAUCAUCCCAGUGGUGAAGAAGGACAAAGCCACCCAGCGUGGUCACGCCCUGAAGAAAAGCCUCGAGAGACGUUGCUCGGAUUGUACGAGAACCCUUCAUUCCACCGGCAGGGGCCGCCAGCGGAGCGAAGCAAACGCUGCUCGGGAGAAGCCGUUCCAGUGUACCGACUGCGGGAAAUGCUUCAUAUGGAGCUCCCAUCUGGAGCGUCACAGGCGGAUGCACACUGGAGAAAAGCCCUUCAAAUGUCUCAACUGUGGGGAGGCCUACAGCCAGAACUUCCACCUCCUGCAGCACAGCUGCGCCCAGCUGAUUGAAAAGCCCUUCAAGUGUCCUGAGUGCGGGAAGCGCUUUGCCCAGAGCUCAGCCCUGGAGAACCAUCAGAAGGGUCACACAGCGGAGAAGCCCCACAAGUGCUCGGACUGUGGGAAAUGCUUCAUCUGGGCUUCCCACCUGGAGAGGCACCGGCGGGUCCAUACCGGAGAGAGGCCUUUCAAGUGCCCUGAGUGUGGGGAGUCGUAUAGCCAGAGUGCGCACUUGGCCAAGCACCGGCGUAACCACAUGGGCGAGCGCCCUUACAACUGCCCUGCCUGCUGGAGAAGCUUCGCUCAGAUCUCUGAGCUGGAGGAGCACAAGAAGACCCACCUGGGCUGCGAGGACUGCGGCAAGGUCUACCGGAGUCGGCAGACGCUGAUGCGACACCAGCGGGGACACCACCGUGAACGCACCCAUCUUUGUGAAGAAUGUGGGAAGGGGUUCGUGUGGGCUUCUCACCUGGAGCGCCACCGCCGCGUGCACACUGGGGAGCGCCCGUUCCCCUGCCCCAUCUGCGGGGAGAAGUUUGCCCAGAAGGUCCAUCUCCUUCAUCACAACAAGACUCACUCUCAUGCCCGGCCGUAUAAAUGUGGGGACUGUGACAAAUGCUUUGGGGACAGCUCUGCUUUCCUAGCUCAUCAGCGGGGCCAUGCCAUGGAGAAGAACCACAAGUGCCAGUAUUGCUCCAAAAGCUUUGCCUGGAGCUCCCACUUGGAAAGGCAUCAGCGUAUCCACACAGGAGAGAAGCCCUACAAAUGCCCCGAUUGUCCUGAGCACUUUAGCCAGACAUCCCAGCUCUUCAAGCAUCAGCGCAGCCACCUAGGCAAGAGGCCCUACAAGUGCAGCGAAUGUGGGCGCAGCUUCAGCACCACCCUGGAAGUCCUCAUCCAUCAGCGGACCCACUUUGGGGCCAAGCCCUUCCGGUGCUCCAGCUGUGGGAAGGGGUUCACCCGUCGAGCCAACCUGCUCAAGCAUCAAAGGAGCCAUGUGAAGGACUCCCCUAAGGAACAUUUAAUUGAACCAAAAUGUGAAGGGAUGGGUUCUCCAGUAUUUAGUAAUCGAGAGUCCAUGCAGGAGAAGGCUGUUGCAAUGUUCUGAGGUUAUGGAAACUCCAGUACUUGCUCAGCUCUUGCGACAGGACCAGAGGCUAUGAACGUGGUAGGAGAGAGGAAUGUUUUAGGAAACGCCCAGGACAGUAGGAAGCUCAUGGGAAAGUCUUGGUGGAGAGGUAUGGCUGACACCAGCACGUGAAAGAAGAUCUGUUGAGGUGACCAUAAUAACCAUGUCCAUCGGUAAUGAGGAUCCUGAUUUAGAGUCCAUGUAGAUGACUUUAUUUCACAUUUAGUUGAUACUGUACAUAUAAAUAUGCCCCGAGUUUGGGGAAAGAGCUUUAUUUACUGUUCAUCUUUCCAUUAUACAUUGGAAGCCUUGCCUCAGAUAGACUAAUUCUUUCCCCCCACAAUCCUUUUUAUUUUGAAACUCUGGAUAAUGAAGCUUUAACAGAUGCUGAAGACUGACCUCCAGACCCUAAUAGGCCUGACUGAGACUUUAGUAAAUGCUGUGGAAGUCUGCACGGGGGCUGAAAAAUGAACCUUUUUUUAAAGCCUCUUGAAUGUGGAGAAAAAGCUUUAUUGACUUACCUUAAAGAACCUAAACAUCCGAGGCCCUGUGCUGGCCAAUUGUAUUUUAGUGAAUAUCAUAAAGAUUAGAUGGUACUGUGGUACCUGAAUACCCAGAGACUAUCUUAAUAUCA